AAUAUGAGUUAUGUUUGAGAGACUGAAACUAAUCAUGCUAUUCUCAACGAUCAUUGCAAUACUGUGUUUAUCAGUGGUGAAUGGGCAAACAACGCUGGACAAAAAUGGGGUAGGCUUCAACAAUGGGUAUUACUAUUCAUUCUGGAAAGAUAGCGGUGACGCUACCUUCACCCUCAACGCAGGCGGCCGUUACGCUAGCAACUGGACCACCAGAACCAACAACUGGGUAGGCGGAAAAGGCUGGAACCCUGGAAGCAGUUCACGAACAGUUCACUAUUCGGGUUAUUUCGGGAUUAACGCCAAUGCCAACUCCUACCUCUCACUCUACGGCUGGACCACCAACCCCUUGAUCGAGUAUUACGUGGUGGAGAGUUAUGGCUCUUACAAUCCGGCCAGCUGUGCAGGCGGCACUGACGAAGGCAGUUUCAAUAGUGGGGGCGCCACUUAUCAAGUUCGCAAAUGCAGGCGCACCAACCAACCUUCGAUCAUCGGAACCCAAUCCUUUGACCAAUAUUUCAGCGUGAGAACCCCAAAAUUAGGAUUUGGUCAAGUGUCUGGCUCAGUCAACUUUGCCGAUCACGUUCGAUACUGGGCGAGCAGAGGCUUGCCGCUGGGCAAACACGAUUAUCAAAUUAUAGCAACCGAAGGCUAUCAGAGCAGUGGUUUUUCUGAUAUCACUGUGAGCUAGGAUACUGGAGAAAGCAUGAAGUAAACUCUUUUCAGAUAAUGAAAUAUUUCAACAAUUGUCAAACUGAUCCAUAUAUCAUAAAAUAAAAGCAAAUGAAGGUCUCUAUAUCUAAUUUUUGUUAAGCCAAAUAUGAAUCAUGUAAAACACUUCGAUCCCGGAUAAGAGAGAUUCUGUUGUCAUAUUCUUUGAAUUUAGGGUAUAUGAAUCUGAGAGAGAUGCGUUUUCUUUUUGUUUCUAUCAAGCUUGUUCUCAAUGAUUCUUCUGAUUGAAGUUUCUUUUGUUCCUAGAUCGAAUGAAUCACUGAAGAGGCUUCAGCAUUACUGCAAAACUGAGUGUGUUAACGUUGCUAAAUUGACAAAUAAAAACUGAAUAAGCUAGAUGAGAUCGAAAAUGUAUAUACUUGACUAACUUAUUCAUAUAUUAUAAUAAAUUGAAUUUAUCGUGAUAUAUUUUCAUCAUUCAAUAAAAUUGAUUGAAAUCUUUCUGUUUUUGAUUCCUUACCAGUUGACGUUGU